GUGUGUGUGUGUGUGUGUGUGUGUGUAGACUGUGUGCCAGUGUGAGUCAGAGGGAAACCCCUCUGUGGAUGGAGGGAGGGAUCUAACAGCCUCAGAGGUAUAACUGCUGUCAGGGAGCGCAGAGGGAGACUGCAGUGACCCUGCUCAGUCUUCAGUUCAGCUCACACCAGCAGAACUUCAGGACCGCCAACGAACCAGUUCCACCAUCAACUCAACCACCACCGGCUCAGAGAACUGGAACUUCAGAGCUACAGACUUAAACAAUCUUGCAUCAGACCACCAGGAGCAAAUCCAGAAUCAUCUGUUGCUUUUUCACCGCUGGCUGCUGUUGCAUAUCUUUACCUCAGACACCAGAAAGAGGAUCAAGCUCUACCAUCUGACCUAACAUACUCAAACUCAUUGGUUCAUCUAACCCAGCUUGAUUGACCCAAAGCAACUGAUCCAUCAAACCCAAUCAACCCAAAUUAGCUAUCAACUCUACUUGUCUGGUGGAUUUUUACAGCCAGCUCCAUUGUCCACCUAUCAGAGAACAGUCUUGUUCCAACUGGCCCACUGUGUUUGACACGACAGCAACUGGACUCUGCUGACUGUAUUGAGCUGACCCUUUGCUGGAAAGCAGCAUUAGAGACCAUAAUGAGUUAUUGGGUUUCCAUGUUCUUCUUUGUUCCCAUUUUUCUUCUUGUUGACUCAUCUCUGAGCAUUUCUUCACUGCGGGACGCAGCACCACUGCUCCAGGAGGGAACACCAUCCUCUGAUUGUCCAUCCUGCUCUCUGUCUCAGAUCAAAAAGAACUCAUCUUGGUCUGGAGGUCAGAGCGACAUGGUGGAGGCAGUAAAACGUCACAUCCUGAACAUGUUGCACUUGAGCGCCCGGCCCAACCUGACACAGCCAGUUCCUCGAGCUGCCCUGCUCAAUGCCAUCAAGAAACUUCAUGUGGGUCAUGUGGGUCAAGAUGGCAGUGUGGAGAUCCAGGAGGAGAGUUCAAGUUUGAGAGACUCCACUCUAUCUGAACCACCAUCUGAAGUCAUCACUUUUGGAGAGCCAGGGGACUCUCCAGGCUCUGUGACUUUUGACAUCCUGAAGGAGGAUUCUGCAGUGGUGGAACAGGCAAAUGUUUGGAUCUUCCUAAAGAUGACAAGGAUGAAUCGGGUUAAAGGCAAAGUGAUGCUGCGGUUGCUGCAGACUCAUCAAGAUGCACUUUCAGAUGAACAAUGUAUUUCAGAGAAGAUGGUAGAUACCCAUCGCAGUGGCUGGCACACGCUUGUCAUCACUGGCAGUGUUCAGGCGCUGUUGAAAGGUGGCAGCAGUUUGCUCAGCCUUCGAGUUUCUUGUCCACUAUGCACUGAGGUUGGAGUUGUGCCCAUCCUGGCACCUGCCAAUGACAAGAAACUGAUGAGAAGGGAUCAGUCUCACCGACCCUUCCUGAUGGUGAUGCUUCAAGCUGAAGAAGAGUCUCAGCGGCGAGUCAAGCGAGGUCUGGAGUGCAAUGGGAAGGUCCAUGUCUGCUGCAAACGACAAUUUUAUGUGAACUUCAAAGAUAUUGGCUGGAGUGACUGGAUUAUAGCUCCAUCUGGGUACCACGCCAACUACUGCGAGGGCGACUGUCCCAACCAUGUGGCGAGUAUCAGUAGCUCAUCGCUCUCCUUCCACUCAGCAGUGAUCAACCAUUACCGCAUGAGGGGCUAUGGACCCUUCCAAAAUACCAAGUCCUGCUGUGUGCCAACGAGGCUUCGGGCCAUGUCCAUGCUCUACUACAACGAGGAGCAGAAGAUAAUCAAGAAGGAUGUCCAGAACAUGAUUGUGGAUGACUGUGGCUGCUCAUGAAAGGCUUCUCAAGAGACUAAAAAUCACUGAAAACAACUAGCUGCUUUCAAGGAAACUUCCCACCAGCCCUUUAAAGUCCUGAGUUCUUAUUGACCUGAUGCUUCUCCACAUGAUAAGAAAACAGUUAUGCAACAGACCCCGCUAACAGGUCCGAACCUGUCAUCUAUUCAAUAGAACAGGCUUAUUCGGAGGUCCCCAACCCUGGUCCCUGUGGCCCAUUGUCCUGCAUAUUUUAGCCAUUUCUCUGCUAAACCCUAACCUUAACCCUACUUAGAAUACCAACAAGUUUAAGAGAAU